GAAGAAAUUAAGUUGGGGGGUUCAUACAAAGACGUUGUAACUAGCAUUCUUGGAAAAGUUCUCUUCAACCAAAGUUUGAGGUUGGUUAGAAAUGGGUAGCACUGGGAUUUUGAAAAACUCAACAAUGAUAUGUGCUCCAUUAAUGGGUGAAACGGUGGAGCAAAUGGUAAAAGAGAUGAAGCAGGCCAAAGCUGAAGGUUCGCACCUCCUCGAGAUUAGGUUGGAUCAUAUCACCGGCUUUCACCCUCACCACCACCUUCCUGCAAUCCUCGAUAACAAGCCUUUGCCACUCAUCAUCCUUUACAGGCCUAAAUGGGACGGUGGUCUGUAUGAAGGAGAUGAGCACUCCCGACUACAAGCACUUCGUUUAGCUGCAGAAUUGGGAGCUGAUUAUAUAGAUUUUGAACUCAAGGUUGCUUCUCAUCUUAUCAGGGAACUGAAAAUCAACUACCAAAGUGCUACCAAAUUUAUAGUUUCAUGUCAUAUUACCGGUACAACCCCUUCAGAAGAAGAGUUGGCCAAUCUUGCUGCCACCAUGAGAGCUACUGGAGCCGAUAUCCUCAAGGUGGUUGUGAAUGUAACGGAUAUUACCGAGAUAGCAAGGAUUUUUCAUUUGCUUUCUCACUGCCAGAUGCCAGUAAUUGCAUACUCCGUAGGGGAAAGGGGUCUCAUAAGCCAGCUAUUGUGCCCAAAAUUUGGUGGCUUCUUAGCCUAUGGAUCCAUCGAGGGACACUCGAUUCCUGGCAUGCCUUCUUUGUACAGUGUUAAGCACACUUAUAAACAUGACCUUAUGAAUUCAGAAACUAAAGUUUUUGGACUUGUUUCGAAACCUGUUAGCCAUAGCAAAGGCCCUAUACUGCAUAAUCCUACCCUCAGACAUGAGAACUUCAAUGGGGUUUAUGUCCCUUUAUUCGUUGAUAAUCUCAAGGAGUUUUUUAGCACCUAUUCUGGUUCUGAUUUCCCGGGUUUUAGUGUCGGGAUUCCGUACAAGGAAGCUGUAGUUGAGUUCUGUGAUGAAGUUCAUCCACUUGCAGAGUCUAUAGGUGCUGUUAAUACUAUUAUAAGGAGACCUUGUGAUGGGAAGCUGAUUGGUUAUAAUACAGAUUGUGAAGCUGCUAUAAUUUCGAUCGAGGAUGCUCUAAAAGGUACAUUGAUAUCCGGGAAACUCUUCGUGCUAGUUGGUGCUGGAGGUGCCGGAAGAGCAUUGGCAUUUGGUGCUAAAAGCCGAGGAGCUCGGAUACUCAUUUUCGACAUUGAUUUUGAAAGAGCAAAAUCUCUUGCUUCUGCUGUCUUGGGUGAAGCUCGAACAUUCGAACAAGUCAUUAAUUUCCGACCGGAGAAAGGAGCGAUCCUUGCGAAUGCAACACCGCUCGGAAUGCAUCCAUAUACCGAUCAGCGCAUUCCAGUUGACCAGGAAACUUUGGGGGAUUAUGAGUUGGUGUUUGAUGCUGUUUAUACACCUAGAAAAACAAGAUUGUUGAAAGAAGCGGAGGCUGCUGGGGCAAUAACUGUGAGUGGAGUUGAAAUGUUCCUAAGGCAAGCUGUUUCUCAGUUCAAUCUGUUCACUGGUCAACAAGCACCUGAAGAGUUGAUGCGGGAGAUUAUUGCGUCCCAGUUCUGAUGUAGUGGAUUACACUGAAACUUGAAUAAAAUUAAUUGAUGGAAAAAUUCUAAUAAUUUCCUGAUUUUUAUAAUCAUGAUUCAAUGUAUUGGACAUGGAACAUUGAAGAUAAGUAUUAAAAUAUAUAUAUGAAGAGAAAAUAAUAUGGUUUUUUUUU